AUGUCAGCAUCCGACCAACGCAACUUCCGCCCUCGUCCGACAACACUGGUCCUCCUCGACCAAGUCCCAUUGCAACCAGCAGGUUCGAAGAUCCGCUUCCUCGGCUGCGUGCAAGAAUACAGAGCAUCUCGAGCACAGUUGGUCUUGCGGACGAAAUUCCCUGCCACGACUCAAUCCUCUGAGCUCGAGCAACAAAAUCAAGAAAAACAGCAGCAGCGAUCGAAAGACGACGACAAUGAAUGCAAGAGUGAAACGCGAGACGGUGCCAUCCGCACAGCUGUCAUCGCAGAUGUCUCCGAGAUCCUCUCCACCCUCGACCACGAGCUCGUCACGGUCGGAGCAUGGGUGAACAUCAUCGGCGAUGUGAAAUGGUCACCCACUCGAACGAGAUCCUCCCCAGCGGCGACGACGACCUCAACCCUACCAUCGGGACGGAGAGCUCAAGCGAGCAGAUCGAAUACCGAACCCGGGACCCAAUCCACCUCUGAAAGAACAACCGACCCGCCGACGCAUCCCAAACAUCGCCAUCAUCACCAUCCCAGCCGAAACCCCAAACACCCCAGACCGGCCAUCGUCCAAGCCACAAUGCUCUGGUCCGCCGGCGCGGUGAAAACCUCCGAAUACGAAAUUGCCGUCGGGCAAUUCCAGAAGUCCCUGCUGCUGCAGCAAACCGCAGGUGAGCUUGAAUGA